AUGAGACCACCACCAAACUCAAUCCAUGAAUAUUUGUAUCGGCUACUAAUUGACUCUCCCGGUUUCAAUCGAUGGGUGCGUAAAAUCCACGCUAGGAUAAAUCGUAUACCAUAUGACCAUUAUCCAGAUCUAUCGCAGCUUAAAAACAUCGAUGUGCACGAUUUUAAGCCAACGAAGUUGCAGAAAUUGAAUGCAUUUAGACGGCUUUGGGUCCAAGAGAUGAAAGAUUCAUUUAAAUUCUGGUAG